CCCAGACAAACCCUAACUCCCAACGAGGUGAAAUCGGAAUCAAUCGAGCCAAACCAAAUCUCAGAUUCGCAAAUUAUCAGCGAAGCAUGGCUGUAAUGUCGAAGGACAUCGGAGGGCCGCCGCCGGCCGCCGUGGCUGAAACGGGCAACCGCCCGGCGGAGUCGCCCCAGCACGAUACCGUCGGCAAGAAAGCUGACGGCGGCGAGGUCGACAACUUGUCCCCCGUGGGCCGUGGAGGACAUCCAGGAAGAGAUCGACGGAUUAGAAUCGUCGACGGUCGAAAUGGAAUAAGACGGCGCUCAGAAAUCGCUCUCUGUCGAGGUGGACCAGGCUGGCGAAGGUACGGACAAGGAGGAGACCACCGCAGAGUUGGCCCAAGCCGCCGCCGGAGUCGGCUCUCGUUGCAAGAACUUCGACUCGCUGAAGGGAAUGAUUGCGGAUAAGUCUGAGUGCAGCGGAGAGGGGCUGCCUGGCGCCGCCGCGGAAGCUACAGCCAGCAGAGCGCGCGGGCAGGGAUUGACUCUGGAUGACGAGACUGCCUGCGGCACUCCGGCGGGGUCAGCUAGCGACGCCGAGCGCAUUGAAGCGCCAGCCAAGCUCGAGGCGAAUCCUCACAUCACCAUAGUAAUUGCUGAAACGGGUUCCGAAAGCACUGAAUCACUGAAAGGGGUUGACAAUGCAGACGUCUUCAUAAAAAUCGACACAGACUCUCAUGGCAUGGGGCUGGCAGCCAUGGUGGAAACAGAGAAUGGAGCUUCUUUGUCCACCAAGUCUCAGCCGGGGACUGAACAGCCGCCCCCGCCUGUCCCUAUAGUCUCGCACCACCGUGGCACUUGCCAGGAGCUGAUGAAAGUUACCAGUAGAGUGGAUGCAGAACGUAAGUUGAAAGAGACCGAGCUGUCGAACAUUCAGAAGCACACAAGUGACCGUGACAUUGGCAGAGGUCGUCAGGACACAGGCACCAGGAACAGAACUCAUUUCUCACACAGCUAUUCUGGGGAGUGCUCGACUUCUGGAUCAUUUAGGGACAUAGUUGAUGAAGAGAGGGAAGAGAUUGAGCCCCAUGAGUUACAAAUUCAGACGAGUGAAAUAAGAGAGAAGCCUGGGAAUCUGAUGAGGAAAGAAUGGGAAGAGCAGAAGCUAAGAAGGAUUAAAUAUAUGCUGCAAGCUUCAUUUGAAGGACGCGCCAGCAGGAGAAAGUGGAAAAUGUGGCGAAGUUUGGGAGUGACCACCGCCGUGUGAGGGGUAACUGCCGUAUUGCUCUACUUGCUCUCGCUCUUCCUUGACAAAGAGAAAGGAUCAGAAGAAACACCUUUGUGCAGCGGGGCAAUGGAGGCCGAGCCCCCUGCCCCUCCGGAGGCCAGGAGGAGAAGUGAAUGGAUAGCUUGGGCAUUGCAAAAGGUCCUGGCUCCGGUGAUUCUUGUUGGUGUACUGUCCAUGGUACGAAAGCUUGUGAUCAAGAAGGAACUUGACAUCAUGGACUAUGAGAACAACGCCGCUGCCAACUUUUGGAUCAAUUCUUUGUCAAAGGCGGUGUUUUUCGCCGUCAAGGAGUGCCCCAAGCUGCUGAGGCGUGAACUGUGGGCCCGAAUUCUCGUUGGGUCACUGGAAUCGGGGGUACUACGAACCCGACGUGCCCGAUGCAUAAGCGGUAAUGAAACACUAGGAUAUCUGUUUGUUUACUGCUUACAUAUGUGGUAUGUGUAGACAAGAUAACGUUUUGCAUGAGCAGAAACGGUGAUGAAGUUACAUAGUAUGUGGUAUAUAAUUCUUCAAUCUGUUACACUGUCUUGCAAAGCACAUGCUAUUUUUGUUGAUCUAAUCACCACAUAUGCAGAGCACAUCAUGUCAGUAGAAUGUGUUUUGUCCUUUACUACCAAUCAUCUGAACUUUUCCCUAGUCCUGUGUUAUAUUCAUAAAUGUCUUCGAGUUAGUGAAUUGUUUGUUCAGCGCUGUUAUUUAUUAUUAUUAUUUUUCUUUCCCACGUCAUGCUUGGGUAGAAUUAACAGGAUGUACCUGUGGAAAUCUGAUGUUGGAGUGUUUGUGGAGGUAUUUUAGACGCACCCAUCUAUCUCAAAAGGGCCACCAAUCCUGUUUCUAGCUCUUCCUACUUGUAAUUAUAAUGAUUAAAUUUCUUUUGUGCCUUUUCAUUCAUUUUGCAGAGUGCACUGCCGUGGAGGUUUAAGCAAUGCUUCAUUCUUUACUUGAAAAGUGAUGUCAAGCUUCCCUGUCUCUCGUAUGUCCUAUUCAAAUUCUUUGUUAUUUAUAGUCUACUACUGCAGUUCAUUCCUUCCACUGAGGCAUGCAGCCUCGGUUAUCUAUCUUGCCGAUUAACUUAGGCUGAUUUCCAGGAUAUUUCCACUGAUAAAAUUAGACAUUGUAUGUGUACACUUGUGACGCCCGGAUAAUCAAGCCACAGUAACCUCUGCUAAUGAUGCCACGUCACC